CGAAUGCCAGCUUGCACUCGAAAUUCAGCCUUUCUAGAAACUUCCUUUCCGCCAUAGGUGUCCGUAAGAGCAAGACCGGGCCAGUCACGGCAAUCGCAGCCUCCCCGUCUCAGGCUUCUAUCUCUGCGGUGUACGCACGCACAGAAAUGGAACCGUCUCCCAUGAGAGAGCCGCAGAGGCAGAGCCUAAAUGCCAGCGCUGACCUCAGCUACAGCGGAUCAAGUCUUACCAGCACCAAUUCGAGCAUCUCGCAUGUCCGACGGAACUCCUCGCCCCUGCACCCGUACCAAGCCCUGGUGGACUGUAUCCUGGCGGGGCCCGUGGACGAGACGACGAUCCGGGUGGCUGUGCGGAAGCGUCCGUUGAGCGCCGCAGAACGGGGCAAUAAGGACACAGACAUCAUCGAGAUCCAACCUCCUCGCAACGUGGUCAUACACGAGCCGAAGAAGCAGCUGGAUUUGACGCCGGUGACGGAAUCCCACUACUUUGCCUUUGACCACACCUUCGGCGCAGAGGUUCCUAAUGACUGCGUGUAUCACACGGUUUGCCUGCCUUUGGUCGUGUCCAUGUUUCGUGGAGGGAAGUCCACCUGUUUUGCCUACGGACAAACGGGGUCAGGAAAGACGUUUGCGAUGAUGGGGGACCAAGGCAGAGAGCGGGCGGGAGGGGGAAAGGGACGGAAGGGCCAACCCACAGGGGAGGGCUGGGAGAACGCAGGACUCUACGCACUGGCCGCCCGGGAUAUCUUUCAGGUCUUGGCCCACCCGGCCUUUGCCUCGCGUGGGUGGACGCUGCAUGUGAGUUUCUUCGAGAUUUAUGGCGGGAAGCUCUUCGAUUUGUUGAACCGGCGGGCGCCUGUCCGAUGUUUGGAGGACGCGAGGCAGCAUGUUCAAUUCCUGGGACUGACGGAAAAAGCGAUGGUAAGCGUGGAGGAUCUUUUGACCACCAUCGCGGAGGGACAGAGCCAAAGGUCGACGGGCUCCACGGCCGCGAAUGCCGAUUCUUCGCGCUCCCACGCAGUUUUGCAACUCAGCCUGAAAGGUCAUGCCUGUGCAGAAAGAUCAGCGGGCAGGUCCCCGGCGACGUCCGGCUCCGAAGCGAAGAGCAUGCUGCAGCACGGCAAACGGAACGUGCGUGUGAAGGACAGCAACCAGGGGAGGCUAAAAGAGCCCGUCAUUGGCAGCUUCUCGUUCAUCGAUUUGGCAGGUUCGGAACGCGGCGCUGACACGCGCAAUACCGAGAAAGCGACCCGGAUGGAGGGGGCGGAGAUCAAUACCUCGCUCUUGGCGCUGAAAGAAGUGAUUCGAGCGCUGGACCGUAAACAAAACCACACGCCCUUCCGGGGUAGCAAGCUCACACAAGUCUUGAAAGAUUCCCUUGUUGGUGCCAGGGCAAAGACCGCGAUGCUUGCUUGCAUUGCCCCCGCCCUCUCCAGUUGCGAGCACACGCUCAACACCUUGCGCUAUGCGGAUAGGGUCAAGGAGAACGACGCCUCCGCCGUGCCCGGUCCGGA